AUGGCUUGCACCUGGCGAACUCUUUUUGCCCCUUGGGGUACCUGAAUUCCUUGACAAUAUGCAAUCUAAUGAUGACUAUCUUCACACUAAAGUCGACGUAGAAAUACUGUUGAGGAAUCGAUCGUCAUUCCUAUAUGGCCGAAAACCAUCCGGUUCGGUGCCGAUUUAUGCUGUGAUCAAGAACUGCAUUGUUCCAGACGCUUCUACGGACGUGAUAAAUUUAAAGACUGUCAGAGACGGAAGAAAGUUGAGAAGAAAGGGGGACGAGACGCUGAUAGCAUCAAGGAACGCGCUGCAGAUCGAUGAUUUCGGAUCGUCCAUGAUCCUUACUAACGAUGUUCCAGGAAAGAUUUGGAAAGGCGAUGUUAAACAGAGCCUCGAGAAAUCUAUCGAUUUUGAGAAAAAGAAGAAAAAAGAGAACAGGUCCCGGAAGCUGCACUUUCACGUGACCUAUUGGAUGUUCUAUCCGUUCAGCGAGGGAAAGGUAGUCUGCGUUCUGGAUCUUGGAUUUUUUGGUAGCUGGCCGAUACCUACGGUGGGUGGGAUAUGCUUCGGAAUACUGAAAGAAUAUGGUAACCACGUGGGCGAUUGGGAACACAUGAGUCUUUACUUUAAGGAUACAAAUUAUCCAUCAGCGAUGUAUGUGUCUGCUCAUGACGCAGGCGCGUUUUAUCGUUACGACCUGCGAAGUGGAACCUUUAUAUAUGAGAGCCAAGAGACACGAAAAGGAAUUUUUCAAAAACCUAUAUUUCCCGAAAGAGUUUUUACUGCUGGUGGCUCUCAUCCGAUAUUGUUUAGUGCGCGAGGAUCACAUGGACUUUGGACGGCACCAGGGAAACACAAAUUCGUCAGAUUACCUCGUCUCUAUGACGAAAGUGGGUUUGGUACUGCUUGGCCUACUUGGAAGAAAAUCGAAUUGCUUCUGAAAAAGAAUAAUAGUAUCUUACCUACCUGGAUGACAUUCAGGGGCAAGUGGGGCAAUCCUAGAAGUAAUUGUCAUCCUUUAGCCAAACUCGGUUUCAACAUUUGCGAAUUUGUUGAUGGCCCGACUGGUAUUCUCACAAAACAGUCAAGUUUCCGAUGUUGAUGAGGUUUUUACAAUUUUUCAACAUACCCUAUUCCUCGUGAAACUACAG